AUGUUCUGGAGAAACUACAUUUUCCCGUUAUGCAUUGGAGCUUUGGUUCUAGGCACUGGCUUGUACCGGUUUCUAUUCCCAGAAGUUAGAUUCACCGUAUUUUUGAAUGAUAAAGAGGUCAAUUUUACUGGAGUGGAAGAUUUCAUUCCGCCGUAUGUGAAUAUCGUUUCCGAUUUCUUCGUAGCCUCUAAUUACAAAAUGAUUUCAUGUGGAAUUCGAAAGUCGAUGUCUCAACUCGCAACUAACACCAUGUGUUUAUUACACGACGAAGAAAGAUUUUUGCGAGAAAACCAUUAUUUGAAUGAGACAUGGGCGACGCAACAAUCCUGUCAAGACAAUCAAGAAUUUCGAAAACCAUCGGAAGACCUACUUAAUAACCCUGAAACCAUUCGUUUUGCCUUUAUCCGAGACCCAAUUGAGCGUUUUGUGUCUCUCUAUCUGGAUAAGUGUGUCAAAGAACAAAGUUGUUGGGCAUGCAAGAGCGAUAUGAGAUGUGUUGUUCAAGAAAUUUAUAAAGGACUGAAAAAUUUGCAAAACCAUAAAGAUCGAAACCUAAUUCCAACUUAUAUGGAAUUGCAUGCUGCUCCUUUAUCAUGGAAUUGCAACUUUGAUAAAGACUUGAGCAAGUGGACAUUGUUAAUGAUGGGCGCCGAUGCGGAGGAGAGAAAAUCGUCGAUUUUACAAUUGGGGAAUAUUAUGAAACGGCAAGGAGUGUCGGAGAAUGUGGUGCAAAUGGUACAAGAGCAAUCUCUAGCUGGCGAAACCGCCCAUUCUACUCACAAGUCUACACGCCGGCUGGAAGCUGAACGUCAAGUACGAGAAGAUCCUGUGGUCCGCGACUAUCUUCACAAAAUCUACUUCUUCGACUACCUGGUAUUCCUAUUCAAUCGAGAGCGUCUGGAUGCGAAGUAUCAGACGGAUUUCUGGAAGGUUCCAGAACAAAGCUGA